CGGGGGCCGGGAAGGGCCAGGAGGCCGCGCGCCGCUCCGAAGCCGCUCUCGCACCUUGCGCCCCAGCUGCGCGGCUCCUGAGGCGCUCUCCGGGGCGGGGCACGAUGGCGGCGCCCGGGGCCGCGGGGCAGCGCUUCUUCCGCUGCGCCUGCUUCUGCUCCGAGAACUUCUUCCUGCCCCGCUACCGGCUGCACGUGCGCUACACCGGGGAGGAGCAGCUGCGCCAAGACUACGGCUCGAUCCUCAACAAAGCUGGCUGUGUGAGUCCUGAGGAUUUUCAGCAAGUGUUAUCUGAGCUUAACCAUGAGGUCCAGAGGAGGAAGCAGCUGGUUGAGCAGGCCUUGGAGAGGAAAGCCACCAUUGCCCAGUACUACCAGCCAGUCCAGCCCCAGGUGUAUGGGUUACAGGAGUCAUUUCUGGCCCCCGAGUUACUGGCUGCUGUUCGGUACUGUAUGACCCCAAAUGCUGACCUUACAGGCCUCUUCCGGCGUAUUGAAACCGUGUCAGGAGAAAAGAAGAUUUACCGGAUGCCGAUCUUCACCCAGGAUUUCUGCCAGAUGCUGCUGCAGGAACUAGAGCACUUUGAACAGUCAGACAUGCCCAAAGGGCGGCCCAACACCAGAAAUAACUAUGGGAUCCUAUUGCACGAGCUGGGUCUGGAUGAGCCCCUGGUGACUCCCCUCCGGGAGAACUACUUACAGCCCCUCACUGCCUUCCUGUACCCUGACUGUGGAGGGGGCCAGCUGGAUAGCCACCGUGCCUUUGUGGUGAAGUAUGCUGUGGACGAUGACCUGGACCUCAGCCAACACUAUGACAACGCUGAGGUCACCCUCAAUGUCUCCCUGGGCAAGGACUUCUCUGAGGGCAGCCUUUAUUUUGGAGGUCUUCGCCAGGUGCAGAGCAAUGAAGAGCUGUAUGUGGAGGUGCCGCAUGUGCUGGGGCAAGGGGUGCUGUAUCGAGGCGGGCAGUUGCACGGGGUCUUGCCCUUGGAGUCUGGAGAGCGAUGGAACCUUGUUAUGUGGAUGAGGGCCUCUGUCAUCCGCAACAAGCUCUGUCCCAUGUGCAGGAAGCCACCCCAGCUGGUGGAGGACGAGGGCUAUGGGGAUGGCUUCACCCAAGAAAAAGGGCAGCCCAGUACCAUGGAUGUUUGCACCUAGACUUGAGUCCCAGCCCUGUGACCCACCAAUCUGAAAGCUCUGCCAGCCCCUUCUAUAUAUGUCAGCAGCCGUGUUACACCAGUGCCAAGCAGGGCAGGGAGCCCAGACUGGGGGCCCAUCACUCAGAAGUUGUCCUUGAGAUUCACUGAGGAUUGGGAAGGUGCAUGGGUCAAAGGUUUGCCCAUUGACUUAUCAAAGUGUCCCCCUAAGGGGAAUCUGUCUUAGGGAAGGAGAGCAAGAUACUGUUGGGAUCACAGCUGUGAUGGAUGGAACAAUAAAACACCACUGUUUCCCCA